AUGGCAAGUUCAGCACUGAAGAAGUUCGCCACCGGACCGCCCGACGCCAGAAGAGAGGAGAUCAUCCGCCUCUGCUCCACUGGCCGCGUCAAGGAGGCUCUCCACCGCCGCUUCCGCGAGGGCCUGUGGUCGGAGCCUGGCCUCUUCUCCCAUAUCUUCCGGGCAUGCCGCGCCCUCCCGCUCCUCCGCCAGCUCCACACCUUCGCCGCCACGUCCGGCGCCGCCAACGACCGGUUCACGGCGAACCACCUCCUCCUCGCCUACGCCGACCUGGGCGACUUCCCCGCCGCGCGCGCUCUGUUCGACAGAAUCCCUAAGCGGAACAACGGUGACCUGGAGACCGCGCGGAAGCUGUUCGACGAAAUGCCCGCCAGGAACGUGGCGACGUGGAAUGCCAUGGUUGCUGGACUCACCAACUCGGGACUCAACGAGGAGAGCCUGGGAUUCUUCCUUGCCAUGCGGAGCGAGGGAAUGCAGCCUGAUGAGUUUGGGCUCGGGAGCUUGUUCUGGUGCUGUGCCGGGCUCAGGGACGUUGUGCCCCGGCGGCAGGUCCACGCGUACGUUGUGCGGUCUGGACUCGACUGGGACAUGUACGUUGGGAGCUCGUUGGCGCAUAUGUAUAUGCGGUGUGGUUUUCUUCAAGAAGGGGAGGCUGCUCUCCGAUUACUGCCUUUGCUUGACAUUGUGUCAUGCAAUACCAUAAUCGCUGGAAGAACACAGAAUGGAGACUCGGAAGGGGCGCUCGAGUAUUUCUGCAUGAUGAGAGGUGCUGGUGUGGAAGCAAAUGCAGUCACAUUCGUCAGCGCCAUUAGUUCUUGCUCGGACUUGGCAGCUCUUGCACAAGGUCAGCAGGUCCAUGCACGGGCUAUCAAAGCCGGAGUUGACAAGGUUGUGCCAGUCAUGACUUCUCUUGUGCAUAUGUAUUCUCGAUGCGGGUGCUUAGGUGACUCGGAAAGGGUUUGCCUUGGGUAUAGCGGUACAGAUUGUGUCCUUUGCAGUGUGAUCAUCUCAGCCUAUGGAUUCCAUGGGCACGGACAAAAGGCAAUUAGUCUGUUCAAACAGAUGAUAGCUGGAGGUGCAGAACCCAAUGAGGUUACUUUCUUGACCUUGCUAUAUGCAUGCAGCCAUAGUGGUCUUAAAAAUGAAGGCAUGAGUUGUUUUGAGCUUAUGACUGAUACUUAUGGACUAAAGCCAAGUGUUAAACACUACACUUGUAUUGUGGAUCUUCUUGGACGUUCAGGUUGUCUAAAUGAGGCGGAGGACCUUAUCCUGUCAAUGCCCGUGCAACCUGAUGGGGUCAUAUGGAAGACACUACUGUCUGCAUGUACCCAGAAAAAUUUCGACGUGGCCAAGAGGAUAGCAGAACGUGUUAUUCGAGCUACCAGCCGCAGAUGGGAGGAUGUCAGUAAGGUAAGGAAAACCAUGAGGGAACAGAACGUGAGGAAAGAGCCUGGAGUUAGCUGGGUGGAGGUGAAGGGUCAGAUUCACCAAUUCUGCACCGGAGAUAAAUCCCAUUCAAGGCAAAGGGAGAUUGAUGAAUGUUUGGAAGAAAUGAUGACCAAGAUCAGACAAUGUGGAUAUGCACCGGACAUGAGCAUGGUUUUCCAUGACAUGGAGGAUGAGGAGAAAGAAGUUAGUUUGGCGCACCACAGUGAGAAGUUGGCUAUAGCAUUUGCUUUUCUGAGCUUACCUGAAGGAGUUCCUAUUCGGGUUAUGAAGAAUCUGAUGGGAUAA